AUGGGUCGUUACGUUGAAGCCAUUGAAGAUGUACCUUCUAGUAACAUUUGUGGACCUGUCGGUGUUGAUCAAUUCUUGGUCAAAACUGGUACCAUUACUACGUUUAARRAUGCAMAUAAUAUGAAAGUUAUGAAAUUCUCGGUUUCUCUUGUUGUACGUGUAGCAGUUGAACCCAAGAAUCCUGCAGAUUUGCCAAAAUUGGUUAAAGGUUUAAAACGUCUUGCUAAUUCGGAUCCUAUGGUACAAUAUAUCAUCGAAGAAUCUGGAGAGCACAUUAUUGCUGGUGCUGGUGAACUUAACCUUGAAAUCUGUUUGAAAGAUCUURAAGAAGAUCACGCCUGUAUAUUAAUUAAAAAGUCUGAUCCUGUCGUAUCAUACAGAGAAACUAUUGCGGAACAAUCUAAUCAGAUGUGUUUGUCGAAAUCACCGAAUAAACAUAACCGUCGUUUUAUGAUGGCUUGCCCAAUGCCUGAUGGUCUUGCCGAAGAUAUUGACAAUGGUGAAGUUUUGCUUAAGAAGAGGAAGUCUUAA